UAAUGAGGAAAAAAGGGUGCAAUAAAAGCCCACAAAGGACGUCCAAUUUCUCAAAAGCCCUCUCCUCUGUGCAUCGUCGUCUUCAUGCCCCAAAGCCCACACCACUCUAGCAGAGGUCGCAUAGUUCCUCUUCCUCUCACUUCGCAACACCAUCAACGAAACCAUACCUUUCUUCUUCAAAUUCUAAAGAGAUAAACACAGCCCAUUUGCUCCACCCACGGUUCCACGCUCACUCUCAGAGAACCCUUCAUCCAUGGCUAAUGUUUGUUGCAGCAUGUUAGGUUUUAGGGCAAAUUCGCCAUCGUUCCGCUGAACAAAGGGCCCCCCUUUUUCCAAAACCCUAGGAGAGAGGAAUUUCGACUUUGGACGCCCUUGAAUUGUGCCCUAGGUUUCAAUUUCGGAGACCCUUUUGCGCGUUCAGAUUCUUUGAUAGAUGGAAAGUGACACUCUUAGAUAUUAAGGGUGGGAAUGCAUGGAUGUAACUCAGGGUCUGCUCUCCUCGUAAAUGCUGAGGUUGAUUCCAUGGGAGGUGUUGUUGACGGCGGAGUUGGUAUAGGUUUGAAAACCUCUCCGCACCGAGCAGCGAUUGAGAAGGCUCAAGCAGAGCUUAGACUGGAGUAUGAUGUUCGUGAAGAAAGAAGAAAGGAGCUAGAAUUUCUUGAAAAAGGAGGAAACCCUUUGGACUAUAAGCUUGGGAAUGCUGCAUCAGUUAGUGUUCAAUCUACUUCACUCACUGAUCAGCAUCAAGAGCAGUUUGUGACCAGUGAAGCAAAAGGUAGUUUUGUAUUGACUGCCUCCCCUCAUGGUGACUCUGUCGACAGUAGCACUAGGCCAGGGGCUCCUUCUCUUAGUGAACCAAAUACUGCUGAUAACCUCUUACUUUUUGACGGUGAGAACGAGUUGCCUGAAUGUGAGAAAAGGUCUCUUCAUUCAAAUAAAAGGAAUAAUAUUACUCCUUCAGAACAGUCUUCUCGAAUUGGUGGGAAUCAAAAUGCUAAGGAGACUGAAGAUUCUGCUAUUUUCCGCCCAUAUGCGCGAAGGAACAGGUCCAGACCAAAUCAUGGUCCUCGUGGGGCUUCUAGGGAUGGCAAGGGAAUCAUAUCUGAUACAAACAAACAAAAGGACCACAAUGUGCCUUCUGUUUCUAAGCCAAAGCCUGCAAGUUUAAAUGGUGAGACACUUAAUAAAGAUCCAACAUCUAAUAAUCCACUGGACAAUGAAUUGGUUGGUGUCCAAGCACAUCAAGCAGCUAGUGUUCCUGAAGACAAAUUGGAUAUUACCGUGAAUAAAAACUUUAAAGAAGAUCAAUGUAUUAUACCUUCUGAAGAUGAUAAUGUACAAAAUCCACUUGUUUUGUCAUCUGGGGAAGCUAAAGUGGGUGGAGAAAGAGAACUGGGAACUUCUUGUGAUCAGGAGUCUCUGCCUUGUGUAGCUUCUACACAACCUGGAAAAGAAUCUUGUUCUGGUCAGCCAAAUGGGUUUGGAAACUUAAAAGUAGACAGAAAGGGUGUACCGAAUGGAGACCAAAAGUCUGCUGCAUUAGGCAUGAAGAAUUUUGAUUUGGAGGCCUCCUGCACACAAACUAGUUUAGCUAGAGAUGUAAAUAAUGACAGUAAUAUGUGUAGUAAUGCAAAGAAUGUUGAUGCAAAUGGGAAUACUACGGAACAAACGUUGGGAUUUGAGAAGAAACUGAAUUUAACUGGCUGUGGAAUUUUAGAAGAUAGGAGUAAGGACAACAUUGGUGAAAGUGGUGCUACUGCUAACAAUGGGUAUGCUGCUGUUUAUCAAAACCAUUCUGGUAGUGGUAAUGUGGUCAAAAGUGAGGAUUCUUGCAUGCAAAACAAGGUGAAAGAUUCUUCCAAUAUUAAAGAACUGCACCACAAUGAGAGUUCCAAAUCAAAAGCCGAUAAAGAAGUAAGUGUUAUUCUGGUGGAUCAUUCCAAUUCUAUCAGGGAAGACAGCCAUGAAAGACUACAUGUUCCUACUAAUGUAUCAAUUUUAACAACUCCUCAAACUGCUGUUGAGAAGGUUACUACUACUGCCUCUGACCGUCAACCUAUGCACUACUUGAAGUUAGCAGACAAGGCUCAUGAAGAUUCUAUUUUAGAAGAGGCUCGAAUUAUAGAGGUCAAGCGGAAGAGGAUUGCAGAAUUAUCUAUUCGCACGCUACCCCCACAGAUCCACCAAAAGUCUCACUGGGGUUUUGUCCUUGAGGAAAUGGCAUGGUUGGCGAAUGAUUUUGCCCAGGAGCGUCUUUGGAAGAUAGCUGCUGCAGCACAGCUGUCUCAUCAGGCAUCUUUUACUGCUAGGUUAAGAUUUGAAAAACAAAGCAAACAUCAUGGGGUGAAAAUUUUGUCUCACAACAUGGCGAAGGCUGUCAUGGAGUUUUGGCAUUCAAUUGAGCUUCUUCUAGACGAUGAUGUUCCUGACCAUAACUGCAUUUAUGGUUCAGUUGAAUCUGCGAAAAUUGAAUCGAGUGAAGCUUCAGGGGAGAAGAGGAGAAAUUCUGAGAUGGAGACGGGCAACUACUUGGAUGGACAAAAUCCCAGAAAACAAGAGGCACUUAAGGUGCAUACAUACGCUUUGAGGUUUUUGAAAGAUAGUAGAUCUCAUGGGAUUUCCUGUCAAGCAGUAGCACCAACAACACCUGAUAAAAUAUGUGAUUCAGGCACUGUUGACAUGUCAUGGGAGGAUCAUCUUACAGAAGAAAGUCUAUUCUAUACAGUUCCUCCUUUUGCCAUGGAAGCAUACAGAAAAUCUGUUGAAUCUCACUUUCUGCAGUGUGAGAAAACUGGUUGUGGCAUUCAGGAGGAGGUUGAAACAUCUAUGUAUGAUACUGCAACAGAGUUUGGGUAUGAAGAUAUUGCAUAUGAUGAGGAUGAAGGAGAAACCAGCCCUUAUUAUUUGCCUGGUGUCUAUGAGGGUAGUCGAUCUUCAAAAUCUUUACAGAAGAAACACAAGAACAGGAUAAAGUCUUAUACUCACAAGUCCAGUGAAAUUGGUACUGAUUUGCCUUACGGACACUAUUCAACUGUAGCUCAACAGUCCAUGCCAUUUGGGAAAAGGUCUGGUACUUUAAAUGUUGGAUCAAUACCAACAAAACGCAUGCGUACAGCUUCUAGGCAGAGAGUUGUGAGUCCUUUUGCUGUGGUCGCUGGGACAGUACAGGCUCAAGCUAAGACAGAUGCUUCAAGUGGAGAUACAAAUUCCUUUCAGGAUGACCAGAGUACUUUACAUGUUGGACUGCAAAUCCAGAAAAGCAUGGAGGUGGAGUCAGUUGGAGAUUUUGAGAAGCAGUUACCUUAUGACUGUGGAGAAACUUCAGUUAAAACAAAGAAGAAGAAACCCAAGAAUCUGGUUUCUGCAUAUGACCAGGGAUGGCAGUUGGAUUCUGUUGUCAUGAGUGAACAGAGGGAUCUUUCCAAGAAGAGAUUGGAUAGUCAUCACUUUGAUUCUAAUGGAAAUAGUGGUUUGUAUGGGCAACAUAGUAUGAAGAAGCCGAAGACAACAAAGCAACCCCUCGAUACUUUUGACAAUAUUUCUCCAAUAACUAAUUCUAUUCCCUCCCCUGCUGCUUCACAAAUGAGUAACAUGUCCAAUCCAAGUAAAUUUAUUAAAAUCAUUAGUGGUGGACGUGAUAGGGGAAGAAAAGGCAAAGCACCGAAGAUUUCUGCAGGACAGCAUGGUUCUGGAAAUCCUUGGUCACUAUUUGAAGAUCAGGCCCUUGUUGUCCUGGUGCAUGAUAUGGGUCCAAAUUGGGAGCUUGUGAGCGAUGCUAUCAACAGUACUAUACAAUUCAAGUGUAUCUUUCGGAAGCCAAAAGAUUGCAAGGAGCGUCACAAGAUUUUAAUGGACAAAAGCGCUGGGGAUGGUGCAGAUAGUGCUGAAGAUUCAGGCUCUUCUCAGUCUUAUCCAUCUACACUACCUGGAAUUCCAAAGGGUAGUGCCAGGCAGUUGUUUCAACGUUUGCAAGGGCCAAUGGAGGAGGAUACUCUGAAGUCUCAUUUUGAUAAAAUUAUCAAGAUUGGACAGAAGCAACGCUAUCACAGGAAUCAGAAUGAUAACCAGGAUUUAAAGCUAGUACCUGUUCAUAAUUCACAUGUGAUUGCUCUUGCCCAAGUCCGCCCAAGCACCUUGAAUGGAGGUUUUUUGACGCCACUUGAUCUUUGUGAGACAAAUGCAACAAGCCCAGAUGUCCUAUCCCUUGGGUAUCAAGGUUCUCAUGCUGGCAGUUUAGCAUUAUCAAAUCAUGGUUCUGUACCAGCAGCGCUUCCUUCAGCUGGGCCAAAUUCUCCUAUUCCACCAUCUUCUGGUAUGGCUCCUAGCAAUAACUUGUCGUCAUCUGGUUCAAUUGCAGCACCUGUCAGGGAUAGUAGAUAUGGAGUCUCAAGAACUCCACCUUUAUCAGUUGAUGAACAGCAGAGAAUUCAACAAUAUAACCAGAUGAUAUCUAGCAGAAACAUGCAGCAAUCUAGCAUGCCAGUUCCUGGAUCUAUUUCAGGAAGUGAUCGUGGUGGUGUGCGCAUUUUGCCUGGGGGAAAUGGUAUGGGCAUGAUGGGUGGGAUUAGCAGAAGCAUUACUAUGUCAAGGCCUGGGUUUCAAGGAAUGGCAUCAUCAUCUAUGCUUGGUUCUGGGGGCAUGCUUUCUUCUAGUAUGGUGGGCAUGCCAAACCCUGUAAAUGUGCACUCUGGAGUUGGUGCUGGACAAGGCAACUCAAUGCUUAGACCUCGUGAGACUGUACAUAUGAUGAGGCCUGGCCAUAAUCAAGAACAUCAAAGACAAAUGAUGGUUCCAGAUCUUCCAAUGCAGGUCACCCAAGGAAGCAGCCAAGGCAUUCCUGCUUUCAGUGGGAUGAGUUCUGCCUUUAAUAAUCAGACAACCCCUGUUCAGUCAUACCCAGGACAUGCUCAACAGCCACAUCAACUAUCUCAACAAUCCCAUCUCAGCAAUCCUCAUCCUCAUCUUCAGGGUCCAAAUCACACCACUAAUUCCCAACAGGCUUAUGCAAUCCGAUUGGCAAAGGAAAGGCAACUGCAGCAACAUCAGCGAUAUCUGCAGCACCAGCAACAACAGCAACAGCUUGCUGCAUCAAAUACCUUGAUUCAACCUUCCCAGGCACAGUCCCAACUUCCUAUAUCAUCAUCUUUGCAAAAUAGUUCCCAGACGCAACCUCAAAAUUCAUUGCAGCAAGGAUCUCUUUCGCCUGUAACACCGACAUCCCCUUUGACUCCCAUAUCUUCUCAGCUCCAACAGCAGAAAAAUCACCUACCGCAACAUGGAUUCAACCGGAAUCCUACUGCUAGUGCAUUGACUAAUCAAGCAGUGAAACAACGGCAACGGCAGCCUCAGCAACGACAGUAUCCACAGCCUGGUAGACAGCAUCCUAAUCAGCCACCGCAAGCACAGUCUCAACAGCAGGCAAAAGCUCUGAAGGGAAUAGGAAGAGGAAACAUGUUGAUCCAUCAGAACAACUCUGUGGAUCCUUCUCAUCUAAAUGGAUUAUCUGUGCCUCCAGGAAGCCAAACUGUUGAGAAAGGGGACCAGAUCAUGCCCAUGAUGCAAGGUCAAAACUUAUAUCCUGGAUCUUGUAAUCCAAAUCAACCAUCUAAGCCGCUGGGGCCUGCACAUUCUUCAAAUCAUUCCCAGUUGCAGCCUAAGCUACAUUCUGGACCAACAAACACUUCAUUGAAACUUCAGCCAGUGGUAUCUCCUUCUGACAAUAGCAUUCAGGCACAAAUUUCUUCGGUUUCUUCAGUUCAUGUAAUGUCAUCUCCACAGCAGGCUGUUGUAGCUUCUAACCACCAUCAACUGCCGCCACAAUCUCAGCCACUGUGUAAGCAAAUUAAUCAAAAUAAUUCAAAUGUUCAGAGAAUCUUGCAACAAAACUGCCAGGUGCAUUCUGAAUCAAGUAUGUCUCAAUCUGAUUCAGCUAAAGUUGAUCAACAGCCUGCUAAUGGUGCUGCUCAAGUCGGUGUAAACACUGCAAUAUCUGCUGGUUGCAUGGACGCAGCUAGUGUAACUGUUGUUCCUCCUACUGUGUCUUCUCAGUGGAAAACAUCAGAAUCAUCAUUUGAUUCCAAUGUGCCCAAUCCAGUCUCUCAAGUGAGCUCUGUGGGGACCACAUCUGUUGGAAAUUCUGUAGGAAAUGAACCAUCAACUGUUAUCCAAGGGCUGGGCCCACGGCAAUUAUCAGCCAGCUUGCCUUGUCAUGCACAUAAUUCUGGGGGGCAGAGGCAGCAACAAUCACCGACUCUUCAACAGCAGUCAUCAUCGCAGCCCAUCUUACAGUCAUAUCAGCCUCCAGAACAACAUAAGCAGCAACAGGAGCAGGAGCAACAUUCUCCCAAAGAUGUGGCUUUGCAACAUCAACCUCAACAACAAUUACAACAUAUACAGCCGGGGCAGAGCAGUUUACUUAUCCAUGCUCCUAAUUCUAAAGUGGAAUGAUAACUUUCUAAUGAUGGAACAGCUGAGUGUGCUCGGUUCAUUCAGGAUUGGAACGUGUAUGCCCUUUCAUAACCAAUGUACAGACGAAGCUGGUUUUACAUGAGGGCUUUGGAAUAUGGAGACAAGACAUUCAUUGUUUUCUGUAGGACCUGUAAAAGUUUAACCAAAAUUGUAUUGGUAGGCAUCAUUGCUCACUUAUUCUUGUCUCAAAGGCCGUGUAUAUUACCACUGUUUUUAGAGGAUUUCUACCAUUUUCAGUUUUGGAAAGAGACAAAUAUAGAGGUAUGUGUACAGGGUCGUCUCUUCUUUCGUUGUACUUUCAUCUACUUUUUGUCUUGUUCUCCCUGCCCUUGUGCAGAGGAACACUUUUUUGUUUUUCUAGAUUAGUGAAUGUAUUAUUACCCUGUUAGAUAAUUGGAUAGCAAUCAUUUUUAUGAGCAAAAGCCAAUUCAAAGUUUUGUGAAUACAAGAUUUCUGAUGCAUGCAUCUGCCAUUGCUGUCUCUAUUUUCUCAAAAUCUACAAAAUGUUCUAUAUUCUAACUUCAUAACUAUUUUUAAGCUUCUGAAAUGGAAGAAGUCAGAGCUUAUCUUAUUCCUUGUGUAUCGAGAAAUAGUUUAAUUUUUAGUUGAAAAGCUCAGCAGGUGAACGACUUGGAACUAUUAUGAGGGCUUGAGAUGUUAAGUUGUUUAUGGUAAGGUUUAUUUGUUUGAUCCUUUCAGGAGCUAACGGCUGAGUUUCUCUAGUUUAUUUUUCUUGUUUUUCAGUGGAUCUGAUGCGUUGUAUUUCUCUAUUCUCAGGGUUGAGUUCUGCCCUGAUGAAAUGCUUGUGUUUUUAUUACAGAAGCAGAUAUUUACACUAUCCUUUUUUCUUUUGCUGAGUGCAUUUUUUAUUUCUGUUACAUAAGAUGUAGUGUUUUCUAUAUUGUAUUUGAAGAUAAUGUUUUGCUUCAAUAUCUGCGAGAACAGGAUAAUGGUGUUGCUGUGGGAUGCAGGGACAGCCAAUCUAGCCAGUGUGGUAAGAAAGAGUUAUUUGGUUUCUCGUUUCAGUUUUCUAGGAUCUAUUAAUCUCAAACCACCACGCUAGAGUACUCUAAUUGAAGGAUAGAUGCUACGUAUAUCGGUUUAAUAUUUAUAUGCAGUUUCAGGUACUGCUUGGAAAAUAUGAUAUAUUUGGGGGAAUUAUUGUAAGUGCAAACAUCUACAGCAGAUUUUGGUGUUAAAGUGUUAGGAAUGUAUAUUCAUUCCAUCCCUGAGGCAUUCCUACUUUAUUUAUUUGGUAUGUACACGUGCUGGUUGAUGAAUGAGGUUCUUGAUCGUGUUUGAUCAAAUUACCGAAGAACAUGGUUCAUAAUUCUUGUUGAACGAAAUUGAGUUUGGUGUUGACCGUGCAUAACAGAAUUGAGGCAACAAGUAAGUUUUGAUCAUUGCCUGCUCAAUAUAUCUCUAGUCAUUG